AGAGUGGAGCCAGCAGGGGGAGGGACCUCUGCAGACUCAAAAGCCUGAUAGUGCUGUCGCAAGUGACAGAAAACAACACAGACGGUGGAGGAGCAGUUCCGCGACUGAACUGCGGCCAUGACAAGAGCUCAGCAGCUGUAGGAGACGUGGGAAGAGUUUUUCAUCAGCGCUCCAUCUGACAGGAGGAAACACAAAUCGUUGGACUGGAGGCCUGGAGAAGAAGGAAGAAAGUUGCCUGACAGACAGACAGACUGAAGUGGUGCAUAUCAGGGAGAUAAACCACAUCAAUGAAGACACCUGGCAUGGCGGUAUUCAAACAACAGAAUGUGGAUGAUUUCUAUGAAAUUGGGGAGGAACUAGGAAGUGGGCAGUUUGCGAUAGUCAAGCGCUGCACCGAGAAGAGCACGGGCACCGAAUAUGCAGCCAAGUUCAUCAAGAAGCGCCAGAGUCGGGCCAGCAGACGAGGUGUAAGGAGAGAGGAGAUCGAGAGGGAAGUGGUCAUCCUGCAGGAACUCCAGCACCCCAACAUCGUCGCACUGCACGAUGUGUACGAGAACCGCACAGACGUGGUGCUGAUCCUAGAACUGGUCUCUGGCGGAGAGCUGUUUGACUUCUUGGCUCAGAAGGAAUCUCUCAGUGAAGAGGAGGCCACUCAGUUUAUCAAACAGGUCCUCGAUGGGGUCCAGUACCUCCACUCCAAGAGGAUCGCACAUUUUGAUCUAAAGCCUGAAAACAUCAUGCUGCUGGACAGGAACAUCCCUCUGCCCCGCAUCAAACUCAUAGACUUUGGACUUGCACACAAAAUAGAAGCCGGGGCAGAUUUCAAAAACAUUUUUGGCACUCCUGAAUUCGUUGCUCCAGAGAUAGUCAACUAUGAGCAACUGGGAUUGGAGGCCGACAUGUGGAGCAUUGGAGUCAUCACAUAUAUACUAUUGAGCGGCGCCUCACCUUUCCUCGGCGACACGAAGCAGGAGACGCUGGGAAACGUCUCGGCGUUGAACUACGAGUUUGACGAAGAGCUCUUCAGCAAUACGAGCGAGCUGGCCAAGAACUUCAUCAGACAGCUCCUGGAGAAAAACACAAGAAAACGGAUGACCAUACAAGACACCCUCAAUCAUCCGUGGAUUAAGCCUCUCAACCCCAGGCAGGCCAUGGUGAAGAGGUUGUCGGUGGUGAACUUGGAGAACUUUAGGAGACAGUACGCCAGACGCAGAUGGAAGUUUUCAUUUAGAAUUGUGGCUCUGUGCAACCACUUAACACGGAUCAUGAAGAAGGGCAACAAGCUGCCUGAGCAGAAUGGGAGGGAUUGUGAAAGUGACCAAGAAGAAGAAAUCCAGAAGAUACGGCCGAGGACCAGAAAGAGAAGCAGCACUUCCUGAGAUCAACAACCAGCACAUCAAGUCUGUUGGCUGAUGUUCCGGUUGCAAAACAGUGCCUUGGCAUUUUUUUUUAAAUUUUGUACGCUCACCUUGCCACUGACACUCUCACACUGAACCAACCACUGUAUCCGUUUAUGAAUGACAGCUGAUUAUGCAGCAUUUUUAUUGGUCAAGGCAACUGUGUCUGUCUUUUUCUACCCAUAAAACCAGCAGGCGAUAGACAGAUUCUGCUAUUUCUAAAUUCAAACGAUUGUUUUAUGGUGUAAGAUGAUAUAGAUAUUAUUUUUGACAGCAAUAAUGUUGCUGCGUACACAAGAGUGUAGGCAGCUUCCUCUAAUAACUGCAGUCUUACAAGUCCCUCUGCUGUUGUUUGACAUCUGAAUAUCGACGCGUAUUGAGCUGAAUCCAUUUCUUGUUAUUGUUUGGUGCGUGUGAGGAUCUACAAGAGUUGUAUUGUCCAAAGUAUUGACAGAUGAAACGGUUUAGAGCUGUGGGAUGACAAGAUGGCAGCAGGUCUUCAUAACCAAAUGUUUACAUGUUGUUCUGCUCAAAAUACAGCAAUGUCUGUGUGAACAAAGUGUUUACUGUUUUUCUCUUUACUUGGCACAUCAAGUGUCAUUACCUGCAACUUGUUCACUUCACAGCGCUGUCUAUAUAUUGUAUUGAAUAGAGGACAUUUAAAUGACUGUAAAUUAAUUUCCAAUGGGAAAAUAGUUACAUUUCAUUACAUGCCAAUUCUAAAGCAGUUCAUAAAUACUUCAUAUACAUAGGUGCAACAAAGUUCACAGUUCGAAUUCUGAUGUUCUUAUUACUUGACAUUCUUUAUAUUUAUGGUGUGAAUAUACAUAAAUGUAAGCCAAAUUUCUUAAGUCCAGUUUUACUUGUAUCUUACAGUAGCUCAUUUAAAGGAACAUUCACUGUUUUCAACACAAAAAAAUCUUCUUUCCGUUCACUUGUAUGUAUUGUAAAUUGUGCUUUUAUGUAAUAAAUUAAUGAAUAUGACUUUUCUUGGAUAUAAAUCCUCGCCAUUCUUUUGUUCUUUUAGAACUGUCAUAUAAUAAAAUGAUCUCUCUA